AUGGCGAGGAAGAAAUUCACCAACUUGGAAAUCACCCUCAUCAUCCUCUUGGUUAUCCUGUUUGCCAUCUCCGUGGCCCUGAUCGUCCUUCUGGCCACCAAGACAUCGGGCGUUCAAGACAACCCCAGCUCCACGGUGCCACCUACGCACCCUGGCUUCACCAGCACCACACCUGCACUGCCCCCGGACUGCCCCGCUGGAAGCCCGCUGGAACGGAUAGACUGCAUCCCCGACCAAGAGGCCACUCAGGCGAAGUGUAAUCAGCGAGGCUGUUGCUGGAGUCCACAGGGGGGCCCCAAAGUGCCUCCAUGUUUCUUCUCCAGGAAUCACGGCUACAGGGUGGACGGAGGCCUGACUAACAACACCGCAGGGUUUUCUGCGAGGCUCAGGCGGCUGCCAUCGCCAUCCCUGUUCGGAAAUGACGUCAGCAUUGUCCUCCUCACAGCCGAGAAGCAGACAGCGAAUCGAUUCCACUUCAAGAUCACAGACCCCAGUGCGAUGAGGUUUGAAGUCCCCCAUGAGCGCAUCAGACUGUCUGAUGGAAAUGCCACUUCCGCCGCGAACUAUGUCGUCGAGGUCACGGAGUGGCCGUUCAGCCUCCGACUGAAGAGGAGGAGCAACGACCGUGUGUUGCUGGACACAAGCAUUGGGCCUCUGCAGUACGCCAACCAGUUCCUGCAGCUGUCCACCCGCCUUCCCAGUCCCAAUAUAUAUGGCUUUGGGGAGCACGUGCACCGGCAAUACCGGCAUGACCUGGACUGGAAGACGUGGCCCAUCUUUCCCCGUGACACCUUUCCCACUGGGGAUGUGAAGAACCUAUAUGGGGCUCACACGUUCUUCCUGUGCCUGGAAGAUAACACUGGAAAUUCCUUCGGGGUGUUCCUCCUCAACAGCAAUGCCAUGGAGGUGGCCCUCCAGCCUACCCCUGCGGUCACCUACCGGACGAUCGGAGGCAUCCUCGACUUCUACGUGUUCCUGGGCAGCUCACCAGAGGAAGUGGUUCGGGAGUAUCUGGAGCUGAUAGGGAGACCGUUCCUGCCUGCCUACUGGAGCCUGGGAUUCCACCUGAGCCGCUGGGAGUACGGUGGCCUGGAGGGAUUGAAAACAGUCGUAGACAGGACCCGGGAUGCUGGCAUCCCCUACGAUGUGCAGCAUUCUGACAUCGACUACAUGGACCAGAAGAAGGACUUCACUUUCGACCCUGUGGCGUAUAAAGGCCUGCCUGAGUUUGCCAGAGAGCUGCAUAACCUCAACCUGAAAUAUGUCAUUAUAAUGGACCCAGGCAUCCCCACGCAUUCCUAUGGCCCCUACGAACGGGGGUCUGACGUGAAUGUUUGGGUCAACUCAUCAGACGGGGUGACCCCCCUCAUCGGAGAGGUGUGGCCAGGACCCACUGUGUUCCCCGACUACAGCAACCCAGCAUGUGCGCAGUGGUGGGCCCAAGAGUUUCGCCUCUUCCACCAACAGCUGGCCUUCGACGGCAUCUGGAUUGAUAUGAAUGAAGUCUCAAACUUGGCUCAUGGUUCCAAUAAAGGAUGUGCCAAUAACACGCUGAACUACCCACCUUUUACUCCAGGCAUCGUGGACCGGCUGCUGUUCUCCGGGACGCUGUGCAUGGACGCGGUGCAGCACGGUGGCUUCCACUAUGACCUCCACGGGCUGUAUGGCCUCACCAUGGCGGCCGCCACUCAGGAGGCUGCCCAAGGCAUCUACUCUACUAACAGAAGCUUCAUCCUGACACGGUCCACCUUUGCUGGCUCGGGGAAGUUUGCAGCCCACUGGCUGGGGGACAACGCAGCCACCUGGGAUGACCUGCGCUGGUCCAUCCCUGGGAUGCUUGAGUUCAAUCUGUUUGGGAUCCCCCUGGUGGGUCCAGACAUUUGUGGAUAUUCGGGGAAUGUCACUGAAGAACUGUGUGCACGGUGGAUGCAGCUCGGAGCCUUUUAUCCCUUUUCUCGGAAUCACAAUGGUCGAGGUUUUCGGGACCAGGAUCCCGCUGCCUUUGGACGCGACUCUCUCCUGGCCAACUCCUCACGGCACUACCUGAACAUCCGCUACAGUCUGCUGCCAUACCUCUACACCCUGUUUUACCGAGCACACACUGAGGGGAGCACCGUGGCCAGGCCCCUGAUGCACGAGUUCUACAGUGAUUCAGAAACCUGGGGCAUCUCCCAGCAGUUCCUGUGGGGUCCAGGACUCCUUAUCACACCAGUCCUGGAGCAAGGGGCAGAGAACAUCACUGCUUACAUGCCUGAUGCCAUCUGGUAUGACUAUGAAACUGGUGUGCGGAGCCAGUGGCAAAGGCAGAAGGUGGUGAUGCAUCUUCCAGUAGACAGACUGGGGCUCCACCUGCGAGGGGGUCACAUCCUCCCCACCCAGAAACCAGCCAUGACCACGACCACCAGUCGAACAAAGCCCUUGGGGCUCAUCAUCUCACUAGACGAGCACAACGAAGCCAGAGGGGAGCUUUUCUGGGAUGACGGCACAACUAAAGACACCGUGGCCUCCCAAGCCUAUGUGUUGCUUGAGUUUUCAUUCAUCAAGAAUCACUUAGACGUGAAGGUAUCACACAGUGGCUACACAGACCCUAACGGCUUGGCGUUUGAGGAGAUUAAAAUCCUCGGUACUCAAAACAUCAGCAACAUCGUGGUCAAACACAAUGGCACCGAAAUUCCAUCCUCCCCCACAGUCCACUACGACCCGGCGGCCAAGGUGGCUCUAAUCACUGGCCUCCAACUCGAUCUGGGAAAAGCUUAUUCUGUGCACUGGAACCUGGAGUUCAGUGACCUGGAAAGGAUUGACUGCUUACCUGACCUCGAGCACCCCUCUGAGGAGAACUGUACAGUCCGUGGCUGUGUGUGGGAGCCUACGAACUCAUCCGUCCCAUCAUGCUACACCGUUAGUGAUGCAUAUUCCGUCAGCAACAUCCAGUAUGAGCCUACGGGACUGUCGGCUGACCUCACACUGACCACAACUCGCUCCGGUCUGCCUUCGACCCCUGUACACACUCUGCGCCUGGAUGUGACCUAUCACAAGAAUGACUUGUUGCAGUUUAAGAUCUUUGACCCCAACAACCGGAGGUAUGAAGUGCCAGUGCCCCUGAACACCCCCCACCCUUCAGCCAGCACCGCCGAAGCCCGGAUGUAUGACGUCGCUGUUAAGCGGAACCCGUUUGGCAUCGAGAUCAGACGCAGAAGCACCGGCACGGUGAUUUGGGACUCGCAGCUCCCCGGCUUCACAUUCAACGACCUGUUCCUGCGCAUCUCCACCCGCCUGCCCUCCCGCCACAUCUACGGCUUUGGGGAGACGGAGCACCGGACCUUCCGCCAGGACCUGGACUGGCACACCUGGGGGAUGUUCACGCGGGACCAGCCUCCGGGGUACAAGCUGAACUCGUACGGCGUUCACCCCUACUACAUGGCGCUGGAGGUGGAUGGCUGCGCCCAUGGUGUGCUCCUGCUCAACAGCAACGCCAUGGAUGUCACAUUCCAGCCAACACCAGCUCUGACCUACCGCACGACUGGGGGGAUUCUGGACUUUUUUGUGGUCUUGGGCCCAACUCCGGAGCUAGUGACCCAGCAGUAUACUGAGCUGAUCGGACGGCCAGCUAUGCCACCGUACUGGGCUCUGGGCUUCCAGCUGUGUCGUUAUGGAUACCAGAACGAUUCGGAGAUUGCAGAUCUGUACGACGCGAUGAUGGCAGCAAACAUUCCUUAUGACGUGCAGUACUCGGACAUCGAUUACAUGGAGCGGCAGCUGGACUUCACGCUCAGCCCCGACUUUUCCGGCUUCCCCGCCUUGAUUGACCGCAUGAAGACAGCAGGGAUGAGAGUCAUCCUCAUCCUGGAUCCCGCCAUCUCAGGCAAUGAGACGAAGCCAUAUCCAGCAUUCACCCGGGGGAAGCAGGACGAUGUCUUCAUCCAGUGGCCGGAUGGCAGUGACAUUGCCUGGGGAAAGGUGUGGCCCGAUUAUCCCAACGUCGUAGUAAACGAAUCCCUAGACUGGGAGACCCAAGUGGAGCUAUACCGGGCUCACGUGGCCUUCCCAGACUUUUUCCGCAACUCGACAGCGGUCUGGUGGAAAAGAGAAAUCCUGGAACUGCACACCAACCCGCAGGAGCCCCACAAGAGCCUCAAGUUUGAUGGCUUGUGGAUUGACAUGAAUGAGCCAGCCAGCUUUGUCAAUGGUGCCGUCGGCGGCUGCCGAAAUGAGUCCCUGAACCACCCACCAUAUAUGCCGCACCUGGCUUCCCGGGAGCGAGGCCUGAGCAGCAAGACCCUGUGCAUGGAGAGUCAGCAGUUCCUGGCCGACGGCUCCCCAGUGCGGCACUAUGAUGUGCACAACCUGUACGGUUGGUCCCAGAUGAAACCCACCUAUGACGCUGUUCAAGAGGCCACAGGGCAGCGGGCCCUGGUCAUCAGCCGCUCAACAUUCCCCUCAGCAGGGCGCUGGGGUGGACACUGGCUUGGGGACAACACGGCAGCGUGGGACCAGCUGGGGAAGUCUAUCAUCGGCAUGAUGGAGUUCAGCCUAUUCGGGAUUUCCUAUACAGGAGCCGACAUCUGCGGGUUCUUCAAUGACGCGGACUACGAGAUGUGUGCCCGCUGGAUGCAGCUGGGGGCCUUCUACCCAUUCGCCCGCAACCACAACACCAUCGGCACCAAGAGACAAGACCCAGUGGCCUGGAACAAGACCUUUGAGGAUCUCUCCAGAAAAGUGCUCAACACCAGAUACACCCUGCUGCCCUACCUGUACACGCUCAUGCACGAUGCCCAUGUGAACGGCAGCACCGUCGUCCGUCCGCUGUUCCACGAGUUUGUGGAGGACCCUGUGUCCUGGGACGUCUUUGAGCAGUUUCUGCUGGGCCCUGCCUUCUUGGUCAGCCCUGUUCUCAAGGCCAAUGCAGUCCACGUCUCAGCUUAUUUCCCCGAAGCUCGCUGGUACAGCUAUCACACGGGAACAGAGGUGGGAGUGAGGGGACAGUGGAGGAACCUGUCAGCACCCCUGAACCACAUCAACCUGCAUAUCCGUGGAGGCCACAUCCUGCCGUACCAGGAACCGGCCAACAACACCCACUACAGUCGACACAACGCCCUGGGACUCCUCGUGGCUUUGAAUGAGGACGGACUGGCCACAGGGCGGCUUUUCUGGGAUGAUGGGCAAAGCAUCGACACAUAUGAAAGCGGGAAUUACCAUUUAUCAGCCUUCUCUGCCAGCCGGGGUCAUGUGGAGGUUCACGUUCUCCACCAGAGAUUCUCAGACCCAAACAGUCUCGCCUUUCAGGAGAUUAAGAUUUUCGGGCUGGACUUGGAGCCAGUCAACAUCACAGUGAAGCAGAACGGGGUUCUGCUCUCGACCAUGCCUGCCACCAGCUACAAUCCUGUGAACCAGGUCGCCCACAUCACAGGCCUGCGUCUGGAGCUGGGAAAGGCUUAUAGGGUGGAAUGGAGCUUGAAGGUCAGUGACCUGACAAAGAUCGACUGCUACCCCGACCAGCACGGUGCCUCAGAGAGCAGUUGCCAGCAGCGGGGCUGUGUCUGGGAGCCAACCAGCACCCCAAGGGUCCCUUUCUGCUACAUCACCAAGAACUACUACACUGCCCGGAACAUCCAGUACAGCAUGACCGGCAUCACUGCUGACCUCUCCCGAAGUGCCGAGCCCAAUCACCUGCCCUCUACUCCCAUAAGCGCCCUCCGCCUAGACGUAGCCUUCCAUCAGGACCACCUACUGCAGUUUAAGAUCUUCGACCCCAACAGCCGGAGGUAUGAAGUGCCCAUACCUGUGAACAUUCCUCACUCUCCGGCCAGAAUCCCUGAGGCCCGGCUGUAUGAUGUCAUCGUUAAAGCCAACCCCUUCGGGAUCGAAAUCAGACGCAGGAGCACCGGCACAGUGAUCUGGGACUCGCAGCUCCCCGGCUUCACAUUCAACGACCUAUUCCUGCGCAUCUCCACCCGUCUGCCCUCCCGCCACAUCUACGGCUUCGGGGAGAUGGAGCACCAGACCUUCCGCCAGGACCUGGACUGGCACACCUGGGGGAUGUUCUCGCGGGACCAGCCCCCAGGGUACAAGCUGAACUCGUACGGCGUUCACCCCUACUACAUGGCGCUAGAGGAGGAUGGCCACGCCCACGGUGUGCUCCUGCUCAACAGCAACGCCAUGGAUGUCACACUCCAGCCAACACCAGUGCUGACCUACCGCACAACAGGAGGCAUUCUGGACUUUUUUGUGGUCUUGGGCCCAACUCCAGAGCUGGUGACCCAGCAGUACACCGAGCUGAUCGGACGGCCAGCGAUGCCACCAUAUUGGGCUCUGGGCUUCCAGCUGUGUCGCUAUGGAUACCAGAAUGACUCGGAGAUCUCAGACCUGUACGAUGAGAUGGUGGCAGCAAAGAUCCCCUAUGAUGUGCAGUACUCAGAUAUUGAUUACAUGGAGCGGCAACUGGACUUCACACUCAGCCCCCACUUUGCUGGCUUCCCCGCCUUGAUCGACCGCAUGAAGGCUGAAGGGAUGAGAGUCAUCCUCAUCCUGGAUCCCGCCAUCUCAGGCAACGAGACAAAGCCAUAUCCCGCAUUCACCCGGGGGCAGCAGGAUGAUGUCUUCAUCCGGUGGCCGGAUGGCAGUGACAUCGCCUGGGGAAAGGUGUGGCCGGAUUAUCCCAAUGUUGUGGUAAAUGAGACUCUUGACUGGGAGACCCAAGUGGAGCUAUACCGGGCUCACGUGGCCUUCCCUGAUUUUUUCCGCAACUCGACUGCGGCAUGGUGGAAAAGAGAAAUCCUGGAACUGCACACCAACCCCCGGGAGCCCCAUAAGAGCCUUAAGUUCGACGGCUUGUGGAUUGACAUGAACGAGCCAGCCAGCUUUGUCAACGGUGCUGUAGGCGGCUGCCGAAAUAACUCUCUGAACCACCCCCCGUAUAUGCCACACUUGGCUUCCUGGGAGCGGGGUCUGAGCAGUAAGACCCUGUGCAUGGAGAGUCAGCAGUUCCUGGCCGACGGCUCCCCUGUGCGGCACUAUGACGUGCAUAACCUGUAUGGGUGGUCCCAGAUGAAACCCACCUAUGACGCCGCUCAGGAGGCCACAGGGCAGCGGGCCCUGAUCAUCAGCCGCUCUACUUUUCCCUCAGCGGGGCGCUGGGGUGGGCACUGGCUUGGAGACAACACAGCAGCGUGGGACCAGCUGGGGAAGUCCAUCAUUGGCAUGAUGGAAUUCAGCCUCUUCGGGAUCUCCUAUACGGGAGCGGACAUCUGCGGGUUCUUCAAUGAUGCAGACUACGAGAUGUGUGCUCGCUGGAUGCAGCUGGGGGCCUUCUAUCCAUUCUCCCGCAACCACAACACCAUCGGCACCAAGAGACAAGACCCGGUGGCCUGGAACAAGACCUUCGAAGAUCUCUCCAGAAACGUCCUUAACACCAGAUACACCCUGAUGCCCUAUCUGUACACGCUCAUGCACGAGGCCCACGUGAAUGGCAGCACUGUUGUCCGCCCACUGCUCCAUGAGUUUGUGGAGGACCCCGUGUCCUGGGACAUCUUUGAGCAGUUUCUACUGGGCCCAGCCUUCCUGGUCAGCCCUGUUCUGAAGGCUAAUGCAGUCCACGUUUUGGCUUAUUUUCCCAAAGCUCGCUGGUACAGCUAUCACACGGGAUCUGAGGUGGGAGUGAGGGGGCAGUGGAGGAACCUGUCAGCGCCCCUAGAUCACAUCAACCUACAUGUCCGCGGGGGCCACAUCCUACCGUGCCAGGAGCCGGCCAACAAUACCCACUACAGUCGGCGCAAUGCCCUGGCACUCCUUGUGGCGUUGGAUGAGGAUGGGCAGGCCACAGGGCAGCUGUUCUGGGAUGAUGGGCAGAGCAUAGACACAUAUGAAAGCAAGAAUUACCAUUUAUCGGCCUUCUCUGCCAGCUGGGGUCACUUGGAGGUGCACGUUGUCCACCAGGGAUUCUCGGAUCCAAACAGGCUCACCUUUCAAGAAAUUAAGAUCUUCGGGCUGGACUUGGAACCGGUCAAUGUCACGGUGAAGCAGAAUGGGGUCCCGCUGAAGAUGGUGCCCGCCACCAGUUACGAUCCUGUGAACAAGGUUGCCCGCAUUGCAGGGCUGCGUCUGGAGCUGGGUGAGGGCUACAGGGUGGAAUGGGGCUUGAAGGUCAAUGACGUGAUGAAGAUCGACUGCUACCCCGACCAGCAUGGUGCCUCUGAGAGCAACUGCCAGCAGCGGGGCUGCAUCUGGGAGCCAACCAGCAUUCCAGGGGUUCCGUACUGCUACAUCACGAAGAACUACUACACUGCCCGGAACAUCCAGUACAGCGCGACUGGCAUCACCGCUGACCUCACCCGGAGUGCUGAGGCCAAUUUCCUGCCCUCCACUCCCAUAAGCCCCCUCCGCCUGGACAUAACGUUCCAUCAGGACCACCUCCUACAGUUUAAGAUCUUUGACCCCAACAGCCAGAGGUACGAAGUGCCAGUGCCUCUGAACAUCCCCCACCGUCUAGCUGGGACCACCAAUGCCCAGCUGUAUGAUGUCAUUGUUAAGGAGAACCCCUUUGGAAUAGAAAUCAGACGCAGAAGCACCGGCACCGUGAUCUGGGACUCACAGCUCCCUGGCUUCACUUUCAACGACCUGUUCCUGCGCAUCUCCACCCGCCUGCCCUCCCGCUACAUCUACGGCUUUGGGGAGAUGGAGCACCGGACCUUCCGUCAGGACCUGGACUGGCACACCUGGGGGAUGUUCUCACGAGACCAGCCCCCGGGGUACAAGCUGAACUCCUAUGGCGUCCACCCCUACUACAUGGCCCUGGAGGAGGAUGGCCAUGCCCACGGCGUGCUCCUGCUUAACAGCAAUGCCAUGGAUGUCACACUCCAGCCGAUGCCAGCACUGACCUACCGCACAACUGGGGGGAUUCUGGACUUUUUUGUGGUCUUGGGCCCAACCCCAGAGCUUGUGACCCAGCAGUAUACUGAGCUGAUCGGACGGCCAGUGAUGCCACCGUACUGGGCUCUGGGCUUCCAGCUGUGUCGUUAUGGAUACCAAAAUGACUCGGAGAUCGCAGAUCUGUACGAUGCAAUGGUGGCAGCAAACAUUCCCUAUGAUGUGCAGUACUCAGAUAUCGAUUACAUGGAGCGGCAGCUGGACUUCACGCUCAGCCCCAAAUUUGCCAGCUUCCCCGCCUUGAUUGAUCGCAUGAAGGCCGCGGGAAUGAGAGUCAUCCUCAUCCUGGAUCCCGCCAUCUCGGGCAAUGAGACGAAGCCAUAUCCCGCAUUCACCCGGGGGCAGCAGGAUGACGUCUUCAUCCGGUGGCCAGAUGGCAGCGACAUUGCUUGGGGAAAGGUGUGGCCGGACUAUCCCAAUGUCGUGGUAAACGAGUCUCUUGACUGGGAGACCCAAGUGGAGCUAUACCGGGCUCACGUGGCCUUCCCAGACUUUUUCCGCAACUCGACAGCUACCUGGUGGAAAAGAGAAAUCCUGGAAUUGCACACCAACCCCCGGGAGCCCCACAAGAGCCUCAAGUUUGACGGCUUGUGGAUUGACAUGAACGAGCCAUCCAGCUUUGUCAAUGGUGCCGUCGGUGGCUGCCAAAAUGACUCCCUGAACCACCCACCAUAUAUGCCACACCUGGCUUCCCGGGAGGGGGGCCUGAGCAGCAAGACCCUGUGCAUGGAGAGUCAGCAGUUCCUGGCCGACGGCUCCCCGGUGCAGCACUAUGACGUGCACAACCUGUAUGGGUGGUCCCAGAUGAAACCUACCUAUGACGCCAUCCAGGAGGCCACUGGGCAGCGAGCCCUGGUCAUCAGCCGCUCGACAUUCCCCUCAGCAGGGCGCUGGGGUGGACACUGGCUCGGGGACAACACGGCGGCAUGGGACCAGCUGGGAAAGUCUAUCAUUGGCAUGAUGGAGUUCAGCCUAUUCGGGAUCUCCUAUACGGGAGCGGACAUCUGUGGGUUCUUCAACGACGCAGACUAUGAGAUGUGUGCCCGCUGGACACAGCUGGGGGCCUUUUACCCCUUCUCCCGCAAUCACAAUGCCAUCGGCACCAAGAGACAAGAUCCAGUGGCCUGGAACAAGACCUUUGAGGAUCUCUCCAGGAACGUACUCAACACCAGAUACACCCUGCUGCCCUACCUGUACACGCUUAUGCACGAUGCCCAUGUGAACGGCAGCACUGUCAUCCGUCCACUGCUUCAUGAGUUUGUGGAGGACCAGGUGUCCUGGGACGUCUUCGAGCAGUUUCUGCUGGGCCCCGCCUUCCUGGUCAGCCCCGUUCUCAAGGCCAAAGCAGUCCACGUCUCGGCUUAUUUCCCCAAAGCUCGCUGGUACAGCUUUCACACGGGAACCGAGGUGGGAGCAAGGGGGCAGUGGAGGAACCUGUCAGCGCCCCUGGAGCACAUCAACCUGCACGUCCGCGGGGGCCACAUCCUGCCAUGCCAGGAGCCGGCCAACAACACCCAUUACAGUCGGCGCAAUGCCCUGGGACUCCUUGUUGCUUUGGAUGAGGAUGGGCAGGCCAAAGGGCGGCUGUUCUGGGACGAUGGGCAAAGCAUCGACACAUAUGAAAAUGGGAAUUACCAUUUAUCAGCCUUCUCUGCCAGCCGGGCUCACAUGGAGGUGCACGUUCUCCACCAGGGUUUCUCGGACCCGAACGGGCUCGCCUUUCAGGAGAUUAAGAUCUUUGGGCUGGACUUGGAACCAGUCAACAUCAUAGUGAAGCAGAACGGGGUCCCACUCUCAACAGUGCCCACCACCAGCUAUGACCCUGUGAACCAGGUCGCCCGCAUCACAGGGCUGCGUCUGGAGCUGGGAGAGGCCUACAGGGUGGAAUGGAGUUUGAAGGUCAGUGAUCUGACAAAGAUCGACUGCUACCCCGACCAGCAUGGUGCCUCUGAGAGAAACUGCCAGCAGCGGGGCUGUGUCUGGGAGCCAACCAGCAUCCCUGGGGUCCCUUUCUGCUACAUCACCAAGAACUACUACACCGCCCGGAACAUCCAGUAUAGCACGACUGGCAUCACAGCUGACCUCACCCGGAGUGCUGAGCCCAAUCACCUGCCCUCCACUCCCAUAAGCCCCCUCCGCCUGGACGUGACAUUCCAUCAGAACCACCUGCUGCAGUUUAAGAUCUUUGACCCCAACAGCCGCAGGUAUGAAGUUCCGGUGCCCCUGAAUGUUCCCCACCCUCCAGCCGGGACCGCCGAGGCCCAACUGUAUGAUGUCAUCAUUAAGGAUGACCCCUUUGGGAUCGAAAUCAGACGCAGGAGCACCGGCACGGUGAUCUGGGACUCACAACUCCCCGGCUUCACAUUCAAUGACCUGUUCCUGCGCAUCUCCACCCACCUGCCCUCCCGCUACAUCUACGGCUUUGGGGAGAUGGAGCACCAGACGUUCCGCCAGAACCUGGAUUGGCACACCUGGGGGAUGUUCUCACGGGACCAGCCCCCAGGGUACAAGCUGAACUCGUAUGGCGUUCACCCCUACUACAUGGCACUGGAGGAGGAUGGCCGUGCCCACGGCGUGCUCCUGCUCAACAGCAAUGCCAUGGAUGUCACGCUACAGCCUACACCAGCCCUGACCUACCGCACAACUGGAGGGAUUCUGGACUUUUUUGUGGUCUUGGGCCCAACUCCGGAGCUGGUGGCCCAGCAGUACACCGAACUGAUUGGACGGCCAGCAAUGCCACCAUACUGGGCUUUGGGCUUCCAGCUGUGUCGCUAUGGAUACCAAAACGAUUCUGAGAUCGCAGACCUGUAUGACAAGAUGGUGGCAGCAAAGAUCCCCUAUGAUGUGCAGUACUCAGACAUCGAUUACAUGGAGCGGCAGCUGGACUUCACACUCAGCCCCCACUUUGCCGGAUUCCCCGCCUUGAUCAACCGCAUGAAGGCUGCGGGUAUGAGAGUCAUCCUCAUCCUGGAUCCUGCCAUCUCGGGCAACGAGACAAAGCCAUAUCCCGCAUUCACCCGGGGACAGCAGGACGAUGUCUUCAUCCGGUGGCCGGAUGGCAGUGACAUCGCUUGGGGAAAGGUGUGGCCAGAUUAUCCCAACGUCGUGAUAAAUGGGUCUCUUGACUGGGAGACCCAGGUGGAGCUGUACCGGGCUUAUGUGGCCUUCCCAGACUUUUUCCGCAACUCGACAGCUGCCUGGUGGAAAAGAGAAAUCUUGGAACUGCACGCCAACCCUCUGGAACCCCACAAGAGCCUCAAGUUUGAUGGCUUGUGGAUUGACAUGAACGAGCCAGCCAGCUUUGUCAAUGGUGCAGUCGGUGGCUGCCGAAACAGCUCCCUGAACCACCCACCAUAUAUGCCAUACCUGGCUUCUAGGGAGCGGGGCCUGAGCAGCAAGACCCUGUGCAUGGAGAGUCAGCAGUUCCUGGCCGAUGGCUCCCCGGUGCGGCACUACGAUGUGCACAACCUGUACGGGUGGUCCCAGAUGAAACCCACCUAUGAUGCUGUCCAGGAGGCCACAGGGCAGCGGGCCCUGGUCAUCAGCCGCUCAACCUUCCCCUCAGCUGGGCGCUGGGGUGGACACUGGCUUGGGGACAACACGGCGGCAUGGGACCAGCUGGGGAAGUCCAUCAUCGGUAUGAUGGAGUUCAGCCUCUUCGGGAUCCCCUAUACGGGAGCAGACAUCUGUGGGUUCUUCAAUGAUGCAGACUAUGAGAUGUGUGCUCGCUGGACGCAGCUUGGGGCCUUCUACCCCUUCUCCCGCAACCACAACACCAUCGGCACUAAGAGACAAGACCCGGUGGCCUGGAACAAGACUUUCGAGGAUCUCUCCAGGAACGUGCUCAAUGCUAGAUACACCCUGCUGCCCUACCUGUACACGCUUAUGCAUGAUGCCCACGUGACCGGCAGCACCGUCGUCCGUCCGCUGCUCCACGAGUUUGUGGACGACAAGGUGACCUGGGAUGUCUUCAAGCAGUUUCUGCUGGGACCCGCCUUCCUGGUCAGCCCCGUUCUGGAGCCGGCACAAGUCGAGGUGGCUGCCUACUUCCCCAGGGCCCGCUGGUAUGACUAUUACUCGGGGUCUGAGGUGGGAGCGAGGGGGCAGUGGAAGAACUUGUCAGCACCCCUGGACCACAUCAACCUGCACAUCCGCGGGGGCCACAUCCUGCCGUGCCAGGAGCCAGCCAACAACACCCACUACAGCCGCCAGAAGUUCAUCCUCCUGAUCGUGGCCCUGGAUGAGAGUGGGGAGGCACAAGGUCGGCUGUUCUGGGAUGACGGCCAGAGCAUCGAAACCUACGAAGCCGGGAAUUACUACCUGGCCUCCUUUUCAGCCCGCCAGAACCACUUGGAGACUCACAUUGUGCACAACCAGUUCUUCACUGCAAGAAACCAGCUGGCACUGGGUUUCAUCCACAUCUGGGGGCUGGCAGAGCCUUCAGUCAUCAGUGUUUCUGUCGAGGUUGAUGGGGUCACACGGCCACUCAAUCACUUCCAGCAUGAUCCAGCCAAGCAGGUGCUCAGUGUGAAUUUGACAAGUCAAGCCUUGACCCUGGAGAAGCCACUACGGCUCACGUGGCAGACGUCCCAGUGACCUCUGACAGAUCCCGCGCCCCUCAUCCAUGACAGGCACUGCAGUGGAAGCUUUAGCUUGAUUGGACACAUCGCUAGAACCCGUGGGAUGGACUGCAUACAACCCUGAAUCCCUGUCCCAUCCCCAUCUGAGCCGAGGGAGCUGGUGGCUGUUGUGAGAGGUCCAGGGAAUGCCUCUGGAAAGGGGAAGGCCUGCAGGAGAGGGGACCACGAGUUUGGGGAGAAAGAAGGAAGCAAAAUGGGUGCAAGAGAAGAGCCGACAGUGGGCCAGGGUGGGGGUAGGGUGGGGCCAGGCUCGGGUGGGAACCUGUGUUGGGGAGGAGAAAGGCAGGGAAAGAAAGUCAGGGAGGUCAGAGAAAGUCUUAGAAAAAGAGGGAAAGUGGAAGUUUCAAAUGGUUGGGGGGUGGUCUCCCUGUGGUCCCCGCAUGAGGCAGGAUGAGGUCUGGGCUGCCAGCACACGCUGACUGAUUGGUUGAUUGAAUGCAGAGGAGGAGGAGAGAAAGGAUGCAGUGAGUUGAGGGGCAGAUGGGCAAGGGUCCAACAGUGGAAACGGGGAUGAGCAGAAUGCGUGUGCUGAGAUUAUUUACUGAAAAAAUGUCCUUAACAUGCAAUUGCCUGGUCCUGCUUUUGAAUGAACACAAUUGAGCACCCUGAAAAUCCCAGAAAUAAAAGGAAUGAAUCAA